CUCGAUCAUCUCAAGAUAGAAUAGUAAUUAAUUGGAGAACUAUUUGUUGGUUACCUUCGUUGACUCUCUUUCUUGCGAUCUUCGGUAUAUUGAUUUCAUUUUCAUAAAACAAUUCAUUCAUACAUCUUCUCAAAAUAGUAAGUGAGAGCUCUGUUUUCAUCCAGUGGCUUGUGUUGCAGCAAACAUUUGAAGUGAGUGAGGUUAAAAAACUUAAACGAAUUGAGACAAGUUGAAUUCAAGCUCAAUACUUCAGUUGUAUCAUAGAUAUGUUACUCUCAUUGAAGUCCUUUCUCCUGCAACGGUUUCGUGCGCUGUUGGGUCGUUUAUCAUCUUCCAAUUUGAAGCUAGGAGAUUCCAAAUUUUCCAUGGAUUAUAAUCACAAUCAGAGCUAUAAAUACGGGGUGUUCAUCAGUUUUAGAGGUCCUGACACUCGCAAUAGUUUUGUUGAUCAUCUUUAUGCUCAUCUAACAAGAAAAGGUAUUUUUGCCUUCAAGGAUGACAAAAGUCUUGAGAAAGGAGAAUUUAUUUCACCGCAGCUUCUACAAGCAAUUCGAAAUUCGCGAAUUUUUAUUGUUGUCUUCUCUAAAACAUAUGCCGAAUCAACUUGGUGUUUGGAAGAGAUGGCUGCAAUUGCUGAUUGUUGUGAGUAUUUCAAACAAACAGUUUUCCCUAUUUUUUAUGAUGUUGAUCCAUCUGAUGUACGAAAGCAGAGUGGGGUAUAUCAGAAUGAUUUUGUUUUACACAAAAAGAAAUUCACACGUGAUCCAGAUAAGGUUGUGAGAUGGACGAAAGCAAUGGGCAGGUUGGCUGAAUUAGUAGGCUGGGAUGUCAGGAACAAGCCAGAGUUUCGAGAAAUUGAAAAUAUUGUUCAGGAGGUGAUAAAAACAUUGGGUCAUAAAUUCUCAGGGUUUGCUGAUGACCUUAUUGCGACACAACCUCGGGUAGAAGAAUUAGAAAGUCUUUUGAAAUUAAGCUCAGAUGAUGAUGAACUUCGAGUUGUAGGUAUUUGGGGGAUGGCUGGAAUCGGAAAGACAACUCUUGCGUCUGUCUUGUAUGAUAGAAUCUCCUCUCAAUUUGAUGCAAGCUGUUUUAUUGAGAAUGUAAGCAAAAUCUAUAGAGAUGGUGGUGCUGUUUCUCUCCAGAAACAAAUCCUUCGGCAAACCAUAGAUGAAAAAUAUCUAGAGACAUACAGCCCUUCUGAAAUAUCUGGAAUUGUACGUAAAAGACUGUGCAACAGAAAGUUUCUUGUAGUUCUUGACAAUGUUGAUUUACUAGAGCAAGUGGAAGAAUUAGCUAUAAAUCCUGAAUUGGUUGGUAAAGGAAGUAGGAUGAUCAUUACAACUAGGAAUAUGCAUAUUCUAAGAGUCUAUGGAGAACAGUUAUCAUUAUCUCACGGUACAUGCGUAUCAUAUGAAGUUCCAUUGUUGAAUAAUAAUGAUGCUCGCGAACUUUUCUAUAGAAAAGCUUUCAAAAGCAAGGAUCCCGCUAGCGAAUGUUUGAACCUGACUCCUGAAGUACUAAAAUAUGUCGAAGGUCUACCAUUAGCAAUUCGAGUAGUGGGUUCUUUCUUGUGUACUCGAAAUGCUAACCAGUGGAGAGAUGCCUUGUAUAGAUUGAGGAAUAAUCCAGACAACAAAGUCAUGGAUGCGCUUCAGGUAUGUUUUGAGGGAUUACAUUCGGAGGACCGAGAAAUAUUUUUGCAUAUUGCUUGUUUCUUUAAAGGGGAGAAAGAAGAAUAUGUGAAGCGAAUUCUAGAUGCUUGUGGGUUGCACCCUCACCUUGGAAUUCAAGGUUUGAUUGAAAGUUCACUCAUAACUAUUAGAAAUCAGGAGAUUCAUAUGCACGAAAUGUUGCAAGAGUUGGGGAAGAAAAUAGUUCGGCAACAAUUUCCUGAAGAACCAGGAUCGUGGAGUAGAUUGUGGCUUUAUGAGGAUUUCAAUCCAGUCAUGAUGACAGAAACGGGAACAGACAAGGUUAAAGCCAUAAUUUUAGAUAAAAAAGAGGAUAUCUCGGAAUAUCCUCUGUUAAAGGCUGAAGGAUUGUCAAUAAUGAGGGGACUUAAAAUUCUUAUAUUAUAUCAUACAAAUUUUUCAGGAAGUCUCAACUUCCUUUCUAACAGCUUGCAGUAUCUUCUGUGGUAUGGUUACCCUUUUGCUUCUUUGCCAUUAAAUUUUGAGCCACUUCGACUUGUUGAACUGAAUAUGCCUUGUAGCCUCAUCAAACGACUAUGGGACGGUCACAAGAAUCUCCCCUGUUUGAAAAGGGUGGAUCUGAGCAACUCCAGAUGUCUUGUCGAGACUCCAAAUUUUACAGGGAGCCAAAUAAUUGAGAGGCUAGAUUUUACAGGAUGCAUAAACCUGUCGUAUGUCCAUCCAUCCAUUGGACUUCUAAAAGAACUUGCUUUCUUGAGUUUGGAAGGUUGCAGGAAUUUGGUCAGUCUUGUUCUUGAUGGUCACCCUGCAUCUAACUUAUACUCUCUCAAAGUUCUACACCUCUCAGGCUGCUCUAAACUGGAAAUAGUAUCAGAUUUUAGAGGGGUCUCAAAUCUUGAGUAUCUUGAUAUUGAUCAAUGUGUGAGUUUAUCAACGAUCAAUCAAUCUAUUGGGGAUCUUACACAGCUUAAAUUCUUGAGUUUUAGAGAGUGCACGAGUCUUGCCAGUAUUCCUGAAAGCAUUAAUUCCAUGACUUCGCUUGAAACUCUAGAUUUAUGUGGCUGCUUCAAACUAGAGAGUCUACCCUUGCUGGGAAACACAUCAGUGUCUGAAAUAAAUGUUGAUCUCUCUAAUGAUGAACUCAUAUCUUCAUACUAUAUGAAUUCUUUGAUUUUUUUGGACCUAAGCUUUUGCAAUCUAAGUAGAGUCCCGAAUGCUAUCGGAGAGUUAAGGCAUUUAGAAAGGCUAAAUCUUGAAGGAAACAACUUAAUUUCACUACCAUCUUCAGUGGGGGGGCUUUCCAGUCUAGCUUAUUUAAACUUGGCGCAUUGCAGCAGGCUUCAAUCUUUGCCUGAGCUCCAAUUGUGUGCUACUUCUUCAUAUGGGGGAAGGUAUUUUAAAAUGGUGUCCGGAUCUCAUAAUCAUAGGUCAGGAUUAUAUAUUUUCAACUGUCCCCAUUUGAAGAUGACAGGACAAAGUCUAGACUUGGCAGUUUUGUGGCUGAAAAAUUUAGUGAAGAAUCCUUGUCAUUUCCGCUGUGGCCUUGACAUUGUUGUUCCGUCCGACACAAUUCCACUGUGGUUUGAUCAUCAAUUUGCAGGAAAUUCAAGAGUAAAGAUAACAGACUAUAAUAAGUUUGACAAUUGGCUUGGCUUUGCCUUUUGCGUGGCAUUUGUGGAAAAUUGUUGUCCAUCAACUCCUGCUUCUUCACAGCUGCCAUAUCCUCUUUAUCUUUCUUUUGAAAGUGAACAAACAGAAGAAACCUUUGAUAUACCAAUUCAGUUAGACCUGAUCAACGUUGAUGGCUCAAAUGCAGAAUAUAUCUGGCUAAUCUAUAUCUCCAGGCCCCACUGCCAUUUUGUAACAACAGGAGCACAAAUCACAUUUAAAGCUCACCCAGGUUUGGAGUUGAAGACAUGGGGAUUACACAUGGUAUUUGAGCAUGAUAUCUAUAGUUCAUUCGAGUUGAACACAAAUGAGGUUCAUCAAAACGACUAUAUUCAGUUGGAUCAUGUGCAUGAAUGUAGCAGCAGCAAGAGGCCUGAAGUCCAGCUUCCUUAUGAUUGGUAUGAAGCUGAGGUAAAGCCUAAAGUCCGGUUUUGUUAUAAUUGGUAUGUUACUGAAGAAGAGGAAAACGAGAACAGGGAAGUGAAUGGGAAACAAAGUUAUCUCUUGGUUACGGGACUUCCCACAUAGCUGAUGAGACUAAGACUACCAUGAUUUGUAUUAAAUAAAACCUUCUUCAAUGAUUUAUUUGUUUAUUCUGCCACUUCUAUUCACAUGAACAAGCAAUUAAAUAAAAAAACAUAAAUAAAAAUAUUUUUAUGAUA